GAAGCGAAGAAGAAGCCACAGCGGCGCUAUCAACUAGCUUGGCAGGUUACGUCGAGGAAAUUCUCUGAGUUGUUCUGUUCUUCAUCACACACCGCCUCGGCUUCGUCCCCCUUCACGAGCACUGCAGGAUUGUUGGAGUUUCAGCUCUCCCUGACCUGCCAACAUGCCAGCCGCACUUACAGAUUCCAGUCAGAUAAUCUGUGAAGUCUGGGCGAGCAAUGUGGAGGAGGAAAUGAGAAAGAUCCGGCAGAUUAUUCAAAGCUACAAUUACAUCGCCAUGGACACAGAAUUCCCUGGAGUCGUCGUCCGACCAAUUGGCGAGUUCCGCAGCACAGUGGACUACCAGUACCAGCUGCUGAGGUGUAACGUCGACCUCCUGAAGAUCAUCCAGCUCGGGCUCACGUUCAUGAACGAGGACGGAGACUAUCCCCCCGGCACGACGACGUGGCAGUUCAACUUCAAAUUCAACCUCACAGAAGACAUGUACUCACAGGACUCCAUAGACCUGCUCCAGAACUCCGGCCUCCAGUUUAAAAAGCAUGAAGAAGAAGGAAUCGACACGCUCUACUUCGCUGAGCUGCUCAUGACGUCCGGUCUGGUGCUUUGUGAAAACGUCAAGUGGCUCUCGUUUCACAGCGGCUACGACUUUGGUUACCUGGUGAAGCUCUUGACAGACGCACGGCUCCCUGAGGAGGAACACGACUUCUUCCAGAUCCUCAACUUGUUCUUCCCAGCGAUCUACGACGUCAAGUACCUGAUGAAGAGCUGCAAGAACCUAAAGGGGGGGCUACAGGAAGUGGCGGACCAGCUGGAGCUGAAGAGGAUCGGGCGGCAGCAUCAGGCUGGAUCAGACUCUCUGCUCACCGGUAUGGCUUUCUUCAGGAUGAAAGAGCUUUUCUUUGAAGACAACAUUGACGAUGCAAAGUAUUGUGGGAGAUUGUACGGCCUGGGCUCGGGCUCCAGCCAACCGCAGAACGGCAUCUCCAGCUCGGGCCAGGAGGAGACGAACAACAAGCACUGACCGAGCGCUCGACCUCUCAAGUGGAACUCGCACUUGUUUUAAAAGAAAAAAAAAAACCCCAACCAGCAGAUUUCCCCUCUGAGCUCCCUCGACACUCGAUCCCUGAACGAGACGGAAGUAAAUAUUUCUUUAAAUUUCCCUCCUGAGUGACUGUAAAAUGGACUCACGGUGACACCGGCUCACUCGUUUCUUUUUAGUCACUUGUACUGAAUGUAUGGCCAUAUAUUCAGAACACUUUUUUAAAGAUCUUUCUUCAUUUACAGCAUUAGUGACACCCUUCUUUACAGCAUGGGACCAGCUCCUGUAUCACACUGUGAUUUCAGACCAAACCUUGACAGGAACAGUCAGAUCCUUCAGUUCAGACUAAACUUCUCAUCAGCGGGGACUCGUAUUCUUGUUGCAGGGAUUUUAUUUUUUUAAGUUAAUGCUGGAAGGGCCUGUAAAUUAAAAUGUAUAAUUUUGAUGAGAAUAAAAUGUUUUAGCUCUUUUCCACUUUCAGAAACUUUUAACAGUGUAUAACUGUGCUUGGUUAUGCAUGUGUUUCGAUGGGGAAAAAACUACUACUACUACUGUUCUGUAUAUUCACGCACCAAACCAAACUGUCCACCGUCAGGUUUACAGAUGUUGUGCUUACUGUUGUUUUUACAUUCUACAUUGUUUUAAACAGUUGUAUAUUAAAUUGUUUUGUAUUUUGAA